AAUGUUAGUCAACAAACAAGGACUGUCGAGAAAUUUGGUCAGUGGGAACUCUCCUUUUUUACAAUCUAGAACUCUGUGAUAUUUUUUCCGGAUGUUGUUUCCAACCAUGGAUAUUGUUAUGGUUCGCAUGCUUUUGCUUUCGUCUUUUGUCGGAUAUGUGUCGGCACAGGUCAACUGUACAGGAUUAGCAGACGGCAACUAUGAGCUUACUUGUACAUCUUUCGGAACGUGCACUGGGGGCGUGUCCUCUAAUACUCUUGAAUGUCAAGGAGAGACCGUAUUUAACAAACUAAAUGGACAGUGUGACGAUCCGUCAAACGUGAUACCUCCAUGUGGAACUCUAUUGGAUUGUUCAAUCACCCCCGACGGAUAUUAUGCCGACAAAACCCAGGGUUGCACGUCAUGGUUCACGUGUCACGACAGAAAUUAUAAAGGACACACAGCAUGUUUUCCUGGGAUGGUUUUUGAUGAGACAUUGUCCACAUGCAACCACAAAAGCAACGUAGCGCCACCUUGCGGAACUAAAAUUGGAUUUUAAGAUCAUUAAUGUUCAUCAAUUCAAACGAUUUUCCUGCAUCAUUUCAUGUUCAUAGAUUUAAUAUUUUUAACAAUAAUAUUCUAUAUGUUAUGAAACGUUAUUCGCACUUGUCUU